AAAUUCAAAUCAAAUUCAUGCAGGCGAAACUGAAGCCCAGCCACCUGUACCAGCUUCCAUUGGCCGCGACCGCGACUCCGACCAGUCCCCACAAUCUUCGCCGAAAAUAAUAUGCCAGAAACCCCCUCGUCCCCUGGCCGCUUCGUGUGCAGGCGUGCUACCGAAAACGCCCCUCGGCGACAGACCUCUCCGGCGCCGCCACGCGUCGUGAAGCGCGGGGGUAUUUCUGUACAUGGACGUGUUGGUAUUAACCCAAGCCCAAUCGCCACGGCCCGCUCCGCCGCGCAGCGAUGCGGAGCAGAAGCAAUGGAGGUGCUCAGCUCCAGCCGCUUCGCUAGGGCACUCUUACUCCCGACAAUUCUCUACCCGGUCUCCAGGCACCUCAGCACGCCCCCGUGCCGCCGCCACGCCGUCCAUACCCUAGCCUCAGGCUCAGCCCCCGUUCCCGCCGCCGAUGCCGCCGCGCCUUCGCCGUCGCUCGCCCGGCUCCUCGCCGCCGCGUUGCGGGGCGGCCGCGCGGGUCGGGAGCUCCCCGACCUCGCGGCCGCGACCACGGGCGGCGCCGGGAUAGGGACGCUGCUCAUGAGCACCACGGCGGCAGCGGUGACCAAGGCGCGGGAGAGCCCGUACCUGCUGGCGCUGGCGGCCAACCCGACCUUCGUGUCGGGGCUGCUGGCGUGGGCCGCGGCUCAGGCCGCCAAGGCCCUUCUCACCUCCGUCGUCGAGCGGCGCUGGGACCUGCGGAUGCUCUUCAGCUCCGGCGGGAUGCCGUCCUCGCACACCGCGCUCUGCACCGCGCUCACUGCUUCCGUCGCGCUCUGCCAUGGUGUCAGCGACGCGCUCUUCCCUGUUUGUCUCGGUUUCACUCUGAUAGUUAUGUACGAUGCCACGGGCGUCAGGCGCCACGCCGGAAUGCAGGCCGAGGUACUCAAUAAGAUCGUUGAGGACCUGUUUGAAGGCCAUCCGAUUAGUGAAAGAAAACUCAAGGAGCUGUUAGGACAUACUCCGUCACAGGUCUUUGCUGGAGCAAUUUUGGGCAUCUUGGUGGCCUGGUAUUGCUGCCAAGGUUGCAUUGUUCCCGUUUGAUGUUGUUAUUACUGUAUGAAUGACCCAGAAACGAAACUAUUCCAUCACGUGGAUUUUGCAUGUAGCGUAACCAGUGACCGGGAAAGUAUUUGGUCUUGACUGUUUGAUUUCCCUGUAUAUAUGUAACCUGAUAGUACGGAACAAUCAAGAUAUCCGUCCUUUCGAAUGUCAAUGCCAAGUUGAGGCUCGAUUUAUUUGUGAUCCAAA